AACAAGUGGCAUAGUAGAUUCCUCCGAACAGAUUCCGGAAAGAAACUGUGCCAACGAUUCCUAUUCCUGCCGCUAAAGCCACGCGCGCCCACACCACAUAAAUCUCCCCCCUCCGCCGCCGCCGACGCCGCCACCACCCAGAGAACCAGACCCGUCCCUCCCAUGGCAUCCGACGCCGCCACGGCGGAGAUGGCCGCGACCUCCCUCUGCGACGACCUGGAGCCCGCCACCACCCUUACCCGAAUCCGCGACGUCCUGGCCGCUGGCGCCGCGCGGGUCGGGGAGCGCGUCGUGGUCGGCGGCUGGGUCCGGACGGGUCGGGAGCAGGGGAGGGGCACCUUCGCCUUUCUCGAGCUCAGCGACGGCUCCUGCGCCGCCACGCUCCAGGUCAUCGUCGAUGCCGCUGUGCACCCACUCGCGCGCCUCACCGCCACGGGCACCUCCGUGCUCGUCGAGGGCGAGAUCAAGGAGCCGCCAGAGGGGACCAAGCAGAGCGUCGAGAUCAAGGUAAGCCGCGUCCUCGAGGUCGGCGAGGUGGACGCCGCUGCCUACCCUUUGCCCAAGGGCAAGGUCAAGCUCACGCUCGAGAAGCUCAGGGAUGUCAUCCACCUUCGCUCGCGCACCAACACGAUUGGAGCAGUUGCUAGGAUUAGACACCAAUUAGCCUGUGCAACACACAGGUUUUUCGAUGAGAAUGGAUUCCUAUACGUACAUACACCAAUAAUAACUACAAGUGACUGUGAGGGUGCUGGUGAGAUGUUCCAAGUAACAACUUUGUUUAGCCAGGCUGACAAAAUUGAGAAGGAACUGAAAGAGAACCCUGCACCAUCAGAUUCUGACAUUGAGGCAGCUAAAGUUCUCGUCCAGGAGAAAGGAGAUGCAGUUGCACAACUUAGAGCUGCAAAUGCUGACAUAUCAGCUGCUGUUGCUGAGCUUAUGAGGGCAAAAGAAAAUGUUUCAAGGCUGGAGGAAAGGUCUAAGUUAAAGCCUGGGAUUCCACACAGGGAUGAUGGGACAAUAGCUUUUGAAAAUGACUUCUUUAAGCGUCAAGCUUUUCUGACUGUGUCUGGACAGCUUCAGGUUGAGACAUACGCCUGUGCUCUUAGUAGUGUUUAUACCUUUGGACCAACAUUCCGGGCAGAGAACUCACAUACGUCACGACAUUUGGCAGAGUUUUGGAUGGUUGAACCAGAAAUUGCAUUUGCAAACUUGCAGGAUGAUAUGAACUGUGCAGAAAAAUAUAUACAAUACCUUUGCAAGUGGCUGCUUGAUUAUUGCUGGGAAGAUAUGGAAUUUAUGGUGAACAAUUAUGAUAAGGAUGCAAUUGAACGCCUACAGCUUGUUUCCUCUACUCCUUUUGUGCGAAUUUCGUAUACAAAGGCCGUGGAGCUCUUGAAAAAGGUUACUGGCAAGAAGUUUGAGAAGAGAGUUGAAUGGGGAAUUGAUUUAGCCUCUGAGCAUGAAAGGUAUUUAACUGAGGAGAUAUUUAAGAAGCCAGUGAUUGUCUAUAACUAUCCAAAAGGAAUAAAAGCAUUUUAUAUGAGGCUUAACAAUGAUCAGAAGACGGUGGCUGCUAUGGAUGUUCUUGUUCCUAAGGUUGGUGAGUUGGUUGGUGGAAGCCAAAGGGAGGAUCGUCUAGAUGUUCUCAAACAGAGGAUACUUGACGCUGGCUUACCUUUAGAACCCUACGAAUGGUACUUGGACCUCCGCCGCUUUGGGUCUGUAAAGCACAGUGGUUUCGGGUUGGGCUUUGAAAGGAUGAUUCUUUUUGCCACUGGUAUGGAGAACAUCAGAGAUGUUAUACCCUUCCCAAGGUACCCAGGGAGGGCUGAUCUAUGAUCUUUUAAGACCUUCAUUAAACGGAUGCGAGUUGCGUUCAACAUGCUACCAAGUGAUUUUGGAACAUUGUUCACCGUUCACAUAUGGAGUUAUGGUUGUCAAGUGUCAUAUUAAUUCUCAGUGUACUUAAUUUGCAACUGUAGAGUGCGAUCGAUCCAUGAAUCUUUCGUCUUAGUUACAUGCUCAACAUGAGCGUUUCACCUUAUAACUUUAGGAAAGUUAGUAUUGUACGAUACAAUUGGUAUUUCUUUUACGGAUUCCGUUAUGAAAUAUUGUGUUGCAACUUCCAA